AGGGAACAGUCCCAGUACACUACUGCUUGGAGUUGACACAACAAUCUACUGACUUCUAAAAACGAUUGUGUUCUAAUGAAAAAAAAGUUAGCAAAAGAAUAUGACAAUUAUCUGACGUGCUAUUUAGUAGAACUUGUCAAUGUUUAGUUGAGGUAGAUUAUUUUCUAAAAAUGAAAAAAAACGUAAAGAGUCUGCGAAAUCUCGCCAUGGGGUUGAUGGUUGUUACCCUGUGUAUCACGGUCCAGGAGUCGGAAUCAGCGGCGUGUCAUGGAUGUGCAGUGGAAUCAAGGUGUGACUGCAGCGGAGUGAAAGGAGUCAAGGGUGAAAGGGGGUUACCAGGACUACAGGGUCAGCUGGGUGUACCGGGGUUCCCCGGACCUGAGGGGCCCAUCGGUGGCAGGGGAGAGAAGGGUAGUGACGGACCUUCAGGGACUGGAGGUCCAAAAGGGAUAAGAGGACCUCCCGGACUGCCUGGAUUCCCCGGGACACCAGGAAUUCCAGGUCUCCCGGGACAGGAUGGCCCCCCAGGCCCCAAAGGAACUGCAGGCUGCAACGGGACUAAGGGUGAGCGAGGAUUCCCUGGAAGUCCAGGCUUCCCCGGACUGGAGGGUCGAUUGGGUCCACCUGGUUUUCCAGGACAAAAGGGAGACCCAGGUGACAUCAUCACAAAGGAACGUUUUGGACAGACCGGAGGUGUAGGUCUGCCUGGCCUGCCUGGAGUUCCUGGUGACCAAGGCCCCUCGGGAUUGCCCGGUCCUACCGGCCCUCCCGGCCCCAGAGGUUAUGAGGGUCGUCCCGGGCCUCCUGGUCUUCCUGGUCCAAAGGGAAACAUGGGGUUGAACUUCCAAGGUCCCAAAGGAGAUAAGGGUAAUUCAGGUCUGCAGGGACCUCCCGGACCACCAGGACAAGUUGGGGAGCAAACAAGACCCUCAGUGUCGAGUAUUCAGAAAGGAGAAACGGGUGAUCAAGGUUUACCUGGUCCACCUGGUGAUCCUGGCUAUCCUGGACCCCCUGGUUCAUCUGGUGGUUUGAAGGGAGAGAAAGGAGAAAACGGAGAAGCAGGCAAAAGGGGCAAACUGGGGAAAGAUGGAGACCCAGGUCCUGCUGGAUUCCCUGGUAGUAAGGGAGACCCAGGUGGGCCAGGUCUGCCAGGUCGGGAUGGUGACAGGGGUGCCAAAGGUGACCGUGGAUAUCCUGGACGCCCAGGCGUGCAGGUGAGCAAUGGCCCACCUACAGUUGGGCCUAAAGGAGAAUCUGGGCGUCCUGGGGAGACGGGAAGGAAAGGAGACAGAGGACAGCCUGGUCUUUCGGGUCCUCCAGGUCAACCAGGGAACCCAGGUAUCGGAGGUGGAGGCCAGCCCGGUUUACCAGGCUUCCCAGGAGAGAGGGGCCAGAAGGGAGACGAGGGCCAGCCAGCCAUCUCCAUUCCCGGGAACCCAGGACGAGGUGGCGCCCCUGGUCUGCAGGGACCUCCAGGACCCCCUGGGCCCCCAGGGGUCUCCAAUAGGGGUAUUAACUGUAUAGGAGGGCCCCCCGGGUUACCAGGACAACAAGGCAAUAUAGGAUUCCAAGGAGAGACAGGACAGAAAGGUGAGAAGGGAGACACCUGCGUUAACUGUUUCUCCAGAGGCAACAGUGUCCCUGGAGCACAAGGCCCUCCCGGACCUCCUGGGUUCCCAGGUGGACCAGGAGGACCAGGGGCUAAAGGUGACAGAGGAUUCCCAGGCGUCCCAGGGCCCUCAGGUUCUUCUGGUUUGCCCGGUCCCCAGGGUGCUCCUGGUUUCCCAGGAGAGAAGGGUGACCCAGGUGAGACUACCGCUGUGAAUGGGGUGAGAGGAGACAAGGGAGACACAGGGUUUCCAGGACCCGCUGGCCUGCCUGGUCUGGACGGAAGACCUGGUCGCGAUGGAGCUCCUGGAGCUCCUGGAGCCAAAGGAUCAUCUGGAUCUCUAUUAGUGAAGGGUGAGCGAGGACCUCCAGGUGAGCCCGGUUUGCAGGGUCUCCCAGGUGACAGGGGUGCCACCGGAUCCCCAGGCUUCGGCCCCCAGGGGCCCCCCGGAGAGAAGGGUGUCCAAGGUGUCUCAGGGAGAACGGGAACACCUGGAGCACCAGGAGGUAAAGGGGAGCCGGGUCAGACGGUAGCAGAGAAGGGCCUCCCAGGACCCCGAGGACAGGAUGGAGACCCCGGUCUACCUGGAAACCCAGGUAACCCCGGCGGGCCAGGACAGCCCGGUUUCCCCGGGUCACCAGGUCCCAAGGGUGAUCCCGGCCUCUCUGGCAUCGGACUGCCAGGACCCCCCGGAGCUAAAGGAUUCCCUGGCUCACCUGGUUUGCCAGGUGGUCCCGGAGGUCCAGGUAGACCAGGUGUGGACGGGUUCCCCGGACAGCCAGGUGCACCUGGAGCUAAGGGAGAGCCAGGCUUCGGGCUGUCAGGUCCCCAGGGCUCACCAGGCUUCCCCGGAGAUAAAGGAUUACCUGGACCCAAAGGAGACUCUGGUUUCCCUGGCAACCCCGGGUUGCCAGGACGAUCCGGCUUUGACGGCGGCCCUGGUGCCAAAGGUGACUCUGGUAUCCCUGGUAGAACCGGAGACCGUGGCCCUCAAGGAUCACCCUCCAUCGGCUCUCAGGGUGUCCCCGGCCCUGUCGGACCCCCAGGACCUAUUGGUGCUCCAGGAUACUCAGGCAACAAUGGAGAGAAGGGAGACCCCGGUCUUCCUGGUCCGGGCAUUACAGGGUUGCCAGGAGACAGAGGAAGUCCCGGUUUCCCCGGCAGCCCCGGGGGAGUUGGAACUCAGGGUAACCCCGGUGGCCCUGGCCGCGAUGGAAUACCUGGCCUGCCUGGUGGUAAAGGAGACAUGGGUGUAAUGGGAACUCCUGGAUCUCUGGGAACCCCUGGCAACCCCGGAGGGCCCGGCUUCCCUGGACCUAAAGGUGACGAUGGUUUCCCAGGGCGACCAGGUGGGACCGGCAGUCCAGGUCUGAAGGGAGACAGGGGAGACCCCGGUCUCGUAGGACUCCCCGGGCCCAGCAACUCUCCCCCUUCAAUCAAGGGAGCCAAAGGAGAUGCAGGAGAACCAGGUUUGCGAGGUCAGCCAGGUCAGAAGGGUAUUUCCGGUCUCCCUGGAGACGCUGGUAUACCAGGACAGGAUGGAAGACCUGGGUUACCUGGACCUCAAGGUCCCAAAGGAGACAUGGGUAUCCCUGGAGGAUCAGGCUCACCAGGAAGCCAAGGACUUAAAGGCAACAUGGGAGAGAUGGGCUUCCCAGGACCCACAGGAGCGAAAGGAACUCCAGGACAGCCAGGUCGGUCGGGCGUACCCGGUAGUUCAGGAGCACCAGGGUUCCCCGGAGCUAAAGGAGACCCAGGUUCUCCCGGAUUUGGUGCCACAGGAGCUACAGGUCCCAAGGGUGAGCCUGGUCGGUCGGGAUUCCCCGGACAAAAUGGAGUGAAAGGAACUCCCGGAACACCAGGGCUUCCAGGGUUUCCCGGUGGCCCCGGAGCCAAAGGCGACCCCGGCCUCCCAGGAUUCCAAGGUUCUCCCGGUAUUCCCGGGCCUAAGGGUCUGGACGGUAGCCCUGGAAACCCCGGUCUCGCCGGAGGCCCCGGGCGACCGGGAGAGAAUGGCCGUGCCGGAUCACCUGGGUUCCCAGGCGACAAGGGUCAGGCAGGUCGCGACGGAAUCCCUGGACCAGCCGGAGUCAAAGGAGACCAAGGUCUUUCUGGUUUCGGCGGCCCAGGUUCUCCUGGUCUCCCAGGGUCACCAGGUGCUAAGGGAGAUUUUGGCGCCCCUGGUCUUCCAGGUAACCCUGGGUUCCCUGGUCAGAAGGGAGAGAUGGGCUUCCCCGGCCAACCUGGGUCCCCCGGGAGCAUCGGGCCCCCUGGUGCCCCAGGUGUGGCCCUCCAGGGGCCCAAGGGUAACAGUGGAUCCCCGCCCCCUGGAAGAGGAGGUCCUCCUGGCCCCGAGGGUCCUCGUGGCCUUGGGGGCAGCGGAGGGACCAAAGGUGAGAAGGGAAUCCCUGGAUCUUCCGGAUCCCCUGGUUUCCCCGGAGCGAAGGGAGAAUUGGGAUCGCCCGGAUUCCCAGGUAUUCCUGGCCCUCCUGGUGGCAGCGGGCUGAAGGGAGACAUUGGACUUCCCGGCGUUCCCGGAUUCCCAGGACUAAAGGGAGAAUCUGGAAGCCCCGGAUCAUCCGGUCUGCCUGGAGAUCCUGGAGAUCCUGGUCCUGCUGGAAACCAAGGCGACCCAGGUGUCGCUGCGACCCCCAUCAUGCUGAAGGGAGAACGUGGCCCCCCUGGCCCUUCAGGUCUGCCAGGCAACCGUGGCUCCCAAGGACCCCCCGGACAGGAGGGACGCUCAGGUCAGCCCGGUCAACCAGGGGACCCCGGUCCUGAAGGACCCCCAGGAUUCAGUGGAGCCUUCGGCCGCAAGGGAGACACUGGACCCGCCGGACAGCCAGGUCAGCGUGGGUACCCAGGUCCCACUGGUUCCGAUGGUCAGCAGGGCCCCCCAGGUAACCCCGGCUCAGCCUCUGUGACCCAUGGCUUCCUGAUCUCGAGACACAGCCAGGCUGAAUAUGUCCCUAUCUGCCCCGAAGGGACCAGCCUCAUCUACGACGGGUUCUCUCUGCUCUACGUACAGGGCAACGAGAGGGCACACGGACAGGACCUAGGUACUGCUGGUAGUUGCCUGCGUCGGUUCAGCACCAUGCCAUUCAUGUUCUGUAACAUCAACAACGUGUGUAACUUCGCCUCCCGUAACGACUACUCCUAUUGGCUGUCUACACCCAUGCCCAUGCCCAUGAGUAUGGCCCCCAUCACCGGAGAAGGCAUCAAACCUUUCAUCAGCAGGUGUGCAGUGUGUGAGGCCCCUGCCAUGGUGAUCGCUGUACACAGUCAAACCAUUCAGAUCCCCACCUGCCCCAGCGACUGGGAACCACUGUGGAUUGGAUACUCCUUCAUGAUGCACACCAGUGCAGGUGCUGAGGGCUCUGGUCAGGCUCUGGCCUCUCCUGGCUCCUGUCUAGAGGAGUUCCGGAGCUCUCCCUUCAUCGAGUGUCACGGCCGAGGGACCUGCAACUACUAUGGCAACACAUACAGCUUCUGGCUGGCCACUGUCGACCAAUCAGAAAUGUUCAGGAAGCCACAGUCAGAGACGCUGAAGGCAGGUAACCUAUCAACACGCAUUAGCCGCUGUGUGGUCUGUAUGAAGAGUACGUAACAGCGCGGUGGCAACCAUUGCCGGGGACGACCGACAACGACAAUGGCGGCAGGCGGGCGGAGUGGGGGUGAUGUUGACGUCUCCGUGAGAACAAGGUGGACCUCCAAUGGUGCAUUGUCUUCCGGAAACAGCAACUUCAUUGGUGCUACUGUGCAACACAGCAAGAAAAGAAAAAAUUGUUGAUAAAAUGAAAUUUAUUUAAUCUUUUAUUCUUUUUACUUACCUCAAGUACGUCAAAAAGAAACACACAAAAUCCACAAAAGGUACCAUGGUGAAUGUGUGACAAAAGUGCAUUUUGUUGAAAUUUUUUCUGUAUUUCGCAGAGAAUAUAUAUAUAUAUAUAUAUAUAUAAAGUGUUAUCAAUAAUGGUAACACUUCAUUUUAAGGGGUCCUUAUUACAGUGUAAUUAAAUGUGUAAUUGUGCUGUAUCAAAUAUUGUAUUUAAUUGUAAUAACUCAUAGUUACACUGUAAUAACAACAUGUAACUGGUGAUCAUUUCAGUCUGUAAUUACAGGGGUGUAACAACAAAUGCUUGUUACCAUGCUUGUUACCAUGCUUGUUACCAUGCUUACCAUGCUUGUUACCAUGCUUACCAUGCUUGUUACCGUGCAUACCAUGCUUGUUACCAUGCUUACCAUGCUUGUUACCAUGCUUACCAUGCUUGUUACCGUGCUUACCAUGCUUGUUACCGUGCUUACCAUGCUUGUUACCGUGCUUACCAUGCUUGUUACUGUGCUUACCAUGCUUGUUACCAUGCUUACCAUGCUUGUUACCAUGCUUACCAUGCUUGUUACCAUGCUUACCAUGCUUGUUACCAUGCUUGUUACCAUGCUUGUUACCAUGCUUGUUACCGUGCUUACCAUGCUUGUUACCGUGCUUACCAUGCUUGUUACUGUGCUUACCAUGCUUGUUACCGUGCUUGUUACCAUGCUUACCAUGCUUGUUACCAUGCUUACCAUGCUUGUUACUGUGCUUACCAUGCUUGUUACUGUGCUUACCAUGCUUGUUACCAUGCUUGUUACCAUGCUUACCAUGCUUGUUACCGUGCUUACCAUGCUUGUUACUGUGCUUACCAUGCUUGUUACCGUGCUUACCAUGCUUGUUACCAUGCUUACCAUGCUUGUUACCAUGCUUACCAUGCUUGUUACCAUGCUUACCAUGCUUGUUACCAUGCUUGUUACAAAUGGGAAAGUCUCCACUAAAUUCACCAAUAAGUGUUAACUGUCACAAGGUUGUAAUCUCUUCUGGACAGAUGUUCUGGGUCCAAGAUUACAAAGUUUGGAGGCUCAAUAGGCUCUAAUUACCUACCCGUGAAGGCGCACACUUCAAAAUCUCCGCUCGUUGUUGUUAGCAGUUUCCCCCCCAAAAAGUGUAUCAACUUGGUUGAGUUUCCAAAAAACAGAUCAGGUAUAGGACAACCUCACUGACUGGAGUCUACCAUAUGGGUGUCAUACCAGAUUAUAAUAUAUAUUUCACUUACAAUGAUUGUGUAUGUUGUCCAUUAUGUGAGAGGAUAAACCCACAAGUACACCGUGGACUACAGAUAAUAUAAGUACAAGUACAAUGUAAUUACUGUUACUAAGGAUUUCAGAACGUUAAAAUGAAGUGUAUCUUGAUGGAUACUUACUUGUAAUUAACGUGUACUUAUAUAGUACAUUGCCCAUCCUGACAGCUUGGACCUCAUUAUAAUGCUUCUGGAAACACCAUCAAUGUGAGAAAAUAAACACACUAGUACACAACAGAGUACAUGUAAUAUAUGUAUAAGUACAAUGUAAUUAUUUCUGCUAGCUAAUCCAAAAAAUCUCACAAGAUUGCAUGGAAAGUCUAUUCCGUAGAUGGUAAAAAAAACUAGCUCGCAAGCCUAGUUGGUAGGCCCAAUAACAACGCCAGCUAACAUUUGCUAGCUAGCUAGCUAGCCAACACAAGGCCAGCUAACUACCUAUGUUAAAUCGUGCAUCAGAAUUCAUGUAUCCAAAAAGGGUAGAACAAAUUGCAUGGAAAACGUACUUUCUCUCUCCUGUGUUGAUGUUUUUGACCUACAACACUUAUGGGUUUUUUUCGCGUAAAUCUUUCAUGUCUGGAUUUGUGCACAAUGACCUUCUCGACCCUGUUUUUUGCACACUGUUACAUGAUGUCAGCGUCAACACGUGGGCACGUUCGAGGUCAUUAUUUUGAGCAUGUUGCACAAAUGGGAAGAUUUUGACAUGAUGCUUUAAUUCCUGCAACAAAAAAAAGUAUAAUUGCACCAAUGCAUCCCAUCUAAACGUGAGAAUGUUCCUCAACAGCAAAACCCAAAGUUACAUGAUGGAAUAAGAGUUUGUCUUAUGACCAUUUUAAGUGCAUUUAUAUUUUAUAUAUUAUUUUAUAUUUAUUUAUAUUUCUAUAAACCCCUAUUCAACCAAGCUUAAUAGGCUUUGGCACGAAUGACUUAUCUCACAAUUUUAACCAUAACUGUUUAUGUGUCUAAAAAUGUUUAAUCGAGGGUUAAAGUAAUUGACCAAUUGUCAAAUGCGCCAUUAAAUAACUUCACAAUGUUUUUGAUGUGAACCAUUUGGGAACCCUUUGUUGCCGUUGGACCUGGGUAUCAGACUCCAGAUCUUUAUUUGCAUAGUUGUGUCAAUGUAGUGGUCGGUUUUUAAUUGGCUAACACUUAUCACAUGGUUUGUGCAGGCUGAAAUAUGGUGCGUUGGGAUACUUUUGGAAACUGUAACAUCUAUAACAAGCAUGGUAACAACCAUUGGUUGUUACACCCCUGUGUUGUAACAACAAUUACCACCAGUUACAUAUUGUUAUCACCGUGUAACUAUAAGUUAGUUAUUACAAUUAACUACAAUAUUUGAUACAGUGUAAUUACAUAUGUGAUUACACUGUAAUAAGGACCCGUUAAAAUGAAAUGUUACCAAAAUAAUACAUGUGGAUUUUUGGUUAUUGGCACAGACGAGGUACAUCAUUUUGUUUUUAGACAGAUGUCCUAUUUUUUUAGUUUUUAGUAUUUUUUGUUUUGUUGUUACCAAAUCGGCACUUUGACCUCGGAACAUCAAAGAGAACAGAUGCACUGAUGAGCCUUCUUAGCAAGACUGAUUAUUUUCUAGGCUUACAUUUUUUAUGAAUCUUUCCAUUGUUCUUUUUUAUAAAAAAAAUAAUAAUAAAUUCUCCUUGGUGCUAUUAACUAACAAUGCCGUGUCUCUCCCAGCCUGUUAACUACUGGCCUUAUUUCUCUUCAUGUAAGUAAUUCAAUGUGUAUAUUAUGUAAGACAUAAAAUAGGUAUUUAGCUAUAAUACGAAUUUCUGGGUUAUUUUUGUUUGUUAUUUUUGCUUCACUCAUUGCAUUGAUUCAUGGAUUCAUUAAUUCACUCAUUCACUCACAAAUAUUGUACAAAGUAUGGCAUCAAUAAAUGAAACAGUAUUUUAUAUAUAUAUAUAGAAAAAAAAGUAUAAUUAUAUCAACUUUAUUUAGAUACGGGCGUGAGAUUUUUUCAUCAUUCAUUUAUUUUAUCUCCAAAAGGUCAAAUUUUUUUCCCCAUUUCACAAAACUAAUGACUGUUGUCCUCCUCCUGACAACAGAAGUGUUUCCCGCUCAACCAAUCAAAGACCCUAUCCUAUGAUGAUGUACUGUGUAUGAUAAUGCCAAUCACUCAAGCUUUUGUAUUCGAUUUUUACUAGUAAUCUAUCGUUGAAUGCAAUAAUAGGUUGAUAAUUAAAUCCACUCCACACCUUAAUAGAAAAUGACUUAAGUAAAAGUGAUAGUCACUCAAUAAAAUACUACUUGAGUAAUAGUCUAAAAGUAUUUGGUUUUAAAUAAAUAAUUUCAAAUUCCUUAUAUUAAGUAAACCAGAUGGCACAAAUAUUUUUUUUCUUUUUUUACGGGUACCCAGGGGCACACUCCAACAAUCAGACAUCAUUUACAAACUAAGCAUGUGGGUUUAGUGAGUCUGCCAGAUCAGAGGCAGUAGGGAUGACCAGGGAUGUUUUCUUGAAAGGGCGUGAAUUGGACCAUAUUCCUGUCGAAAUGUAAGGAGUACUUUUGGGCGUUAGGGAGAAUAUAUGGAGUAAAAAAUACAUGAUUUUCUUUAGGAAUGUAGUCGAGUAAAAGUUGUCCGAAAUAUAAAUUGUAAAGUACAGAUACCAAAAAAAAAGUAGUACUUUAAAGUAUUUUUAAUUAAGUAUUUUACACCACCGAUUAAUUCACAUCUUUACUCUGGUCUACGUUGUCCCACUAUGAACUGCCGGUAGUACGUUGCGUAUUGUUAUGUACUGCAAGAAUAGAAUUGAAUAGAAUUUGGUCUAUUCUUUCUUUUUCUAUUCUUCAGCCAAUGAGGAGAGCUGUAUGGAAUGAUUCUUCCUGUGAUGUUUUUCCAAACUACUUUUUCAUUAUUAUUGUAAUGUACUACUGGGGUGUGAAAAAAUUAUAUUAAUUUCAGAAAUCUAUUGUUGUUUUUGUUUAUUUCAUGUUAUAUUAUUCAGAAGUUGUCAUAAACUUUCAAGACUGAAAAAUAAACCCAAAGUCCGUC